UACGUCACGGAAAGAGAUCCAUCUUCGUUGGAGGUACAUAGAAGUCCGGCUGGUCGGGAAGAAGCGUUCCGGAAGAAAAGGACUUCUUUCAAGCAGCUGCAAGGGACGGGAGAGUACAGCACCAACAAGAAGAUGGAGGCUCAGAAAAAUAACACAAGAGGGAGACACUCCAUGGGACCUCACUACCAGGGAAGAGCUAGGCAUCCUCUGAAUGGGAUACGUAUCCAGCUUGUGACACUGGUGGUAAGCAUGUUGGUGGCAGGCUCAGCCUCUUCAGGGGAGGACCUGGGGACUAAUAUUGGUAUGGCCAGCAUAUCACUUGAUGGACCCGGCCUUUUAAUGGUGGAAUGUUUGGGUGGCAAAAUCCUGGAACCAUACGAGCACGUUACCUUUACACCAGGUCAAUGGUAUCUGUAUGGUUUCCAGAGAGAGGGUUUUGCCAACGGUGUAAUUCAGCAUUAUACCCCGGUGGAGAAUGUGUCUGCCAUACAACAUGACUUGCACGCUCUCUGUCUCAAGGAAUACAGGCAUUUUCAGGACUUGGACCCUGUACCUAUCAAAUCCUUAAGAUGGGUGUCUAGGAAUCCACACCUGCACCCUUACCAGCAAGUGAGAGCCAACACUACCUCAGUGUUGUGUACAAAGGAGGGUUUGCUGAGUCCUGAAGAUGUCACUGGGGCAGAGUACAGCGGUUGGUAUAUCCUGAAAGCUACCUUCCUAGGGAAGGAUAGCAGAAACGGGUUGAGGGUUAGGACAUAUUUCGAUAGGCCCAUUCCGGUAAAAGGCACCCUGAAGGCUUAUUGUAUGUUGAGGGAUUCCCAGAUGAUUAUCACCAGGGAAUCCAGUUAUGUACAGGGACAUGUAUCCACAGAUUACUUGCGAACCAGCAUAAUGAUGUUAAAGUUAAAUUGCAGUGACUCUGAUCAGGCCAUCUGGAAUGAUCAGAGUGGUCCGGUAAAACUGGAGGGUUUGUAUCGAGCCACAGUUUUAAAGGUACGGACCGAUGCCAAGGACCCAAGGUAUGCGCAGUUAAAGGGGUCUCCAUCCAUACGGUCUUUCAUGAUUACGAUCAUGAGAGACAACUGCGUUCCUGAGGUGACGGGAUACUAUUUCGUCACCUAUGCCCACUGGGAACAGGAUACCCAGAUGGUGAUGUUAGACACUAAUCCCUGGAGGUGGGAUUUAGUGUGUAAUGGGGUGGACACCCCUACAGUGGAUGUAUGGAUGGAUGGUACCCCUAUGACUGAGGAAUACCGGGGUAGGUAUGUGUCUUCCGAUUGGACAGACCCCAGAGGCAGGGACAUUAACUUUGACAUCAAUAUAGAUGGUUCAUUCAAGUGGCCUUUUUGCGAGGCAGCCGACGAAGGGUGCUGGACCUUUACUCAAUGGGUCUAUCUGUCUCAAACCAAACCCGUAGGGAAACUAGUGUUACAAGCUGGAGAAGACGAACAAUGGUAUCCAUUCAAAGGACGGGGACAGGUCUGUGUUACGGUAGUAAGGGUCCCUUACGAAACAGAAGGUCUCCAACCCGUAAGACCACAUUCAGACUCUUGCACCACCCCUAUCCAUCAAUUGGCAGACCCUGUAGCUCCUCAACUGUCAUCCCCCUGGAAGAUCAUCACGGAGGCAAAAUUCAUCCUGUUUACCUGGAGAAUUUCCGUAGAUGACUUCCGAGUUGAUCACUGGGAUCACAGGUGUGAGGAGUUCGUUAGGAACCAAAUUGACAUGGUAAGAGGUUGGAUAGAGGCGGGGCAAGAGGUCAGGAAAGACGACUCUCGACCCAGGAAGAACAGGGGGAGGAGAGACCUGGUGGCUAUGGGACUUGGCGGAGGUGCUUUGGGAGUGGGUGCCCUGAACACUAUGGAUAUGGAAGUCCUGAGAAGUAAGCUUGGGGAGGUUGCGCGACACGCCGGGGAGGGAUUCAAGACCCAGAUUGAUGUAGACCACGUCUUAGAGGGUUUACAACACUCGCACAUUGAUGCCACUACCUCUCUAUCUUCUGCUAUACGCGAGAAGUUUAGGAGGUUAGUUGUGGGUCUUUUGGAGGAGCAGGAUCGGGCUCAGCUUGCCCUGGCGUGUACGCAGGUCCAAAGUGAACUCUCGGACAACCUUAAACAUAUUGUCACGGCACUUCAUAACGGCCACUUCCCAUUCAACCUCCGUCAGCGAAUAAGUCCACUGAUUUCUCCUUUUGCCAUUAAUCACACCAACUGGUGGGUGGUUCAGUGGCAUGGAUGUCAAAAUUUAACCUGCACUGCUUCGUCCCUGGCACCUGUAUCCGGUCGCAUCAGACAAGGAUACAGUGUCAUCAAUCUAGGAACGAUGAUUAACAACCAGACGGUGCUUCAUCCCCAGCUCCCCUCGGGCGUUCUAACCUAUGAGGAGGGCCAUCCCUCUUUGUUUGAUACAGAGGGAUGUCGGAUAAAGGAGAAUGCCAUCCUCUGUCAGGGUAGUCGGGAGCGGAUGCUCAGACACCAGUGUUGGAACACCGAGGGGUCCUGUGAGAUGAAGGCCAACCCAAUGCCCUCAUCCUCUUUGAAAUAUUUGGGGCAGGGGUAUUGGUGUUGGUACCAAGGGAGUGAUCCAUCAUAUGCAAUUUUUGGGCUUAACUGCACCGAACGAGGAACACUCCGCCCCGGAGCGUACUGCACCCUUAGUCCCGUUUUAGGUUUGAACGUCGCAGAGCAGCAGGGAAGAACCCCGAUUACCCCAGAGAAAAGACUUGACAUCCGCCCCGAUGUUCCUGUAAGACUUCAGAAGAUUCCUCUUGGGUUCGGCAAAGAACUUAGACAUCUCCUGAUGGAUUUCAGCCAAGAGGAAGAGAUCAUACAACGUCUUCGGGAGACGGAGAAGCAAGCCACCAUUCAACUCACCCAUGACAGAACAAAGAUUAUCGCGGUUGCCACAGCAUUGGACAAGGACUCAAAGGUUUCGUGGUGGGAGAGUCUUUUCGGAUACAGUCCUAAGGCAACGUCAUUUUUCAAUUUAUUGAUACACCCGGUGAUAGUGCUUCUGGUUCUGGUUGGACUCAUGUACCUUGGACUAUGGUGGAUGUAUCGGAGAGUCAAGAGACUAACGGACCAACUAAACCAGAACCAGACGGCACUUCAUGAAGUCAACCGCCGAAGGCCCAGGGCUUGACUUCACAAGAAGUCCUGAGGCCUAAUCACCCAAAGGA